AUGCCACGGGGAAAGAAAGGCAGGAAAAAUAAAUUCAACGAGAGCGCGCUAACAACGAGACUAAUACAAAUCAGCAUGAAGAUGGAUGAUCACAUUUACAACGACCAGCUUGUAACACGCUCGGAGGCGGCAAACUUCCUCCAAGAGAUAGCCACACUGAAGCUGCGGUGUCUACCCACGAAUGUCCGAGCGUUGCAGGUAAUCGAAAAACUCACUCUAUUCAUGACUCUUAUUCUUAACGAAGAUGGUUAUACCACCAACUCGCAUAACCAAUCUUUUCAAAUAACGUAUGAGUUCGCAGGAUCCGCAUCGCCUGUUUAUUCUUUACCUGAUGAAGACAGGAAUAUGAAUAAUCCAGGACAAAACUAUAUCGAGGAUGUAAAUGUAACUAAUGUUACAGAUGAUGAUGUUACUCACAAAGAAAUGGAUAUAACUAAUGUUACAGAUGAUGAUGUUACUGGCAAAGAAAUUGAUAUAACUGAUGUUACAGAUGAUAAUGUUACUCACAAAGAAAUGGAUAUAACUAAUGUUACCGAUGAUAAUGUUACUCACAAAGAAAUAGUUCUCAGUGACCAGACUAAAACAGUGAAUAUAUCUCAAGUAGAUGAUUCGACUUACAAUAAAAAUACUAUAGAAGAUAUUGAAGUUAUCGAUAUUACUAAUGACAGUGAUAUUCAACAAGGUAUUCAAAAUGCGAAAACUUACGAGCAACUUGAUUCUAUUGAACGUGUGAAUACUGGAAUAUCAACAAUGACGUUACAAGACAAUGAUGGCAGUCUAACUCAGUGUGACGAUAAUAUUUGUUCUCAGAGUAUCUUAGAUAAUUAUGAUAAUGAUAUUACAAAUGAAGUAUGUAAAGAAAACGAUCGCACCAAAGGAGUUAUAAUGAUUUUGAACAGUGAAAUCAAAGAAACUCGCAUUACUGAUAAUGUUAAUAAACAUUAUCAAAUAAACACAUCUUUGCCAGCUAUGGCUUCUAAUACUACGAUUACAGAUCCAAAAUUAAUGGUAAGUCAACCAAACAAUGUAGCGGUUGUAAAUAGGAAACCAGUGCAUUCUGAUUUCAUAGAAAAUACUGAUAAAGGAAAGAAAGUAACAAACAAAAAUAAUAACAAUCUAAAAAGACGGAGGACCAAGAAAAAUAAAGAACUAAAAGGAGAUAAUGCAGUAAACUCUAAACAUGUUAGUAUUCAUUAUUCUGGUAAAGAAAGUAAUCCAAAAACUGUCGAAAAGCCUAAGAAAAACAAAAAAGUUAAUGAAAUAUACAAUGAAAACGUUGAGAAUGAUUUAUCGUGGGUUGAAAAUCUAAGGUUUGUUAGGGAAAUAAGCCCUAACGAAUAUGACCCAGCGCUUACCUUACUUCAAGAUAACUUUUGGGACAAUUUUCAACUACCAGGCACAUGGGAUGAUUUAGAUUUCAAUGUUUGAAUAAUACUAAUACUUCAAUUCAGUAGUUUUUAAUUUGUAAUAGUUAAAGACAUUAGACGUAAUUUUAAUGACAAGACUCAAAGGUGGUCAGACAAUGUCAAUAAAAAUGACAGUAUUAUUUAUACUUAAUUAUCUUGAGAUUUAUCUGUUUUCAAAACAUUUAACAGUAUCAA